GUAGGGUACAGAUUGCAUUCUCCCUGGAUCCAUACUGCAACUUCUUAGUCUCAAGUCUGGCUGUGAUGAUUCCAUCUCUUGCAGAAUUGUCUUUGUAAGGAAUGCCAUGCUUGGAAGCCACCCAGUCUUGAAAGUAGUUCCUAGUAGCAGCUAAGCCAAGAGUGGAUAACAUGUCUGUGUCAUCCAAGAGAUCCAACCCCAUCCCUGGUGUCUCCUCAGAGGACAAAAAUGGGAAAGCCUCUGAUCAUCCCUCGUCAAAACCAAAAGUAUCUCCUGCGUCAGCUGCCAAGAAAAAUGGCAGUGGUUGCCUUGCCAACGGCAGUUUGGCUGAUAGCGACUCUUCCCCCAUCUCCUCAAUGCGAGAACGUACCCCAUCAAUAGAGCAGCGUAAACAAGGGGCAGCCGCCUCCUCCAAGUCAGCCAAAAGCAGAGCAGAGGCACUGUUGUCUAGGAGAGUGACUGGGUCGGCCACUUCAGUGAGAACUCAGGCUUCAGUGACUUCCAGGCCACCCACAGGCAAGGGUCCACGAAGAUCUACCUCCUCAGAUAAAGUGCAUAUAGGGCCGGAAAAUGGCUGCGUCUCUGGGCCCAACCAGGACCAAGUAGCAUCCAGGACUGGUGGGGCCAUUCCCAAACGGGAGGCCAGCUCUGCUAGCUCUUGCUCCAGUUCUGAUGGAGAUGACAAGGGACAUAAGGUCACCUCCUCUCUGAAGCAGCCAUCAAAAAGAUCAAGUCUAGCAGAGGAGAAGGGGAAGAAGAUUUCAGGAGGUGGGACAGGGAGUAGGAGCUCAUCAGUUUCUAAAGCAAAGACUCCUCCAAGUGUGAGAAGGAAGUCUUCCCCGCCAUCAUCAGAGAACAACUCAAGGUUCCAGCGACAGUCCUCCCUCAGGUCCUCAAGAAAUGGAUCAUCUCAAACCCCUGCAAGGAAGCCAUCAUCAAGGACCCCAUCUAAUUCAUCACUGGACAGUGGAUUAUCACCAACAAACUUUGCAGAGAGUGAGAGUCGCAGACUGAGAAAUGGAGCUACCAAAAGCAGCAGUGAGGAUUCCAUUAGUGACACUGAGCGUAAAACAAAAAGUGCACUUUCGAGGACUCCCUCUGCAAAGAGAAAAGUCUGCAUGGAGAUUGUCAUGGAAAAGAAAAUGGUUAGUAAGUCCAGUGGGACCACAGCUGCUAAAACUGAUUCUGGCUUGGGUAAGUCUCCCUCCAAACACAGCCUGUCUUCCCCCACGGAUGAGAAUACCAUGCGUACCAGUCCAACGAAGUCCAAAAGUGCAGCCAUUCUGAAGCCCAGCAUUCUAGGGAUCAACACUGGUGCUAGAAUGAAGGUAAAAACUACUUCCAGUGACACAAACCAACGACCAAAUGGUUCAUCCAGUGUAGACAAAGCUCGCAUUGUGAGUGCACCAGUUGCACGGAGGACUGAUAACAACUUGUCCGGUGUCUCACCUUACGGUCCAGUGCGUGCCAAAGCGGGAUCAAUACGGUCGAGUGAUCCAAAACCAAAUCUGAAAAGUCCAGACCGCAGUAGGGUUACGGCAAAAGUGGCCAUGCCACAGCGCUCCCGGGCCAGAGCACGUAGCAUGGAACCAGUGGCCAGGAGUGCCCCCAUUGUUCCUGUGACAGUAGUGGACUCCGCCCCUAAUCUAGCACCCGUGCCAGCUCAGAAAGACUCAGCAACUGAUACCCCUGUGAUCAUCCAUUCUCGCAGGAGUCAAAGUGUGGAGCGCAAAUCCAACAAGGACAGCUUUGUUGCAGCGCGUCGUCAAGCAUGGGAAGAUAAAGUAUCCCUGUCCCCUGCUGACCCCAAGAAGGGACUGGUGUCCCCUGAGAAAAGGUUUCAGAGGUCAGGGGUUGGCCGAAGGUCAUUGAUUGAUGAGAGGAAAGCGAUGCUCUUUGGAGGCUUGCCAAGUGGAAGGGGUCAAGUCAAGGAGACUGUGGCUGCCAGGAAGCCUGCCAUACCGGUCAAGCCAGAGGCAGUCACAUCCAAACCGCCCCUUUGCAAAGGUGAGCCAAACAGUCAAAUUGAGUUGUACAUCAGUGAAGAGUUACCAUCUGCAACAUGUAAGUCUGUGGCACCAGAAGCUGUUCCUCAGACAGAGACAUCAAAGCCUGCUGUCCUGCAAGAGAACACCCAGAAGAUACAACCCAAUGCUGUCAACUUGAUGUCCAGCAAGCUGCAGUCCUCAACAGAUGAGGUUGACUCCACUAGAAAGUACUCACCAAGCAAGGAGAAUGAUAUCAUCAGUGUAGCCAAUGACAAGAUCUAUUCCCAGAAGACAUCUGUGAUGGACAGCCAGGAGUACGGAGAUGCCCUGGAGAAGUGGUCCAUGCUGAAAGAGAAUCAGACCAUCAAGGAACUGGACAAGAAACGAGAUGGUGUCAGCUUGGACAAUAAGGAGGCAGAGAGUCGUCGACAGGCCCUGGUAGAGUUCAGCAACAGGGAGCUGGAAACAUCAGAAUACAACAAACAAAUCAGUGAGCCGAGCCCAAUGCAAGACUGCCCUCCGGAGGUGAAGGAUGGCCAUUAUUACUUGCGCAUUGUCAACGAGGAGCACGCUCGUAUUGAGUCUCUCUGUACAUUUGCCAACAAAGACUUGGAAAAGGAAUUGUCAGAGGAAGCUUGUGGUAAGCUAAGAGCUUCCAUUGGCAAAGCGUCCCUCCUCACCAACAAGAAAUUUAAACAGUUCCGUGGACUGUGCGAACAGAAUAUUAAUCCUGUUGAAGGAGAAGCGCUGUCAGUAACAAAUUUAGACCUGACUGGGUUUUGGGAUAUGGUUCUGAUUCAAGUGGAUGACGUCAACAGCAUGUUUGCCGAGAUUGAAGAGUUGAGACAAAAUGGAUGGAGAACACCCAAACAGUCCCCGCACAAAGUCAAGACGUCUGGUAAGAAGCCCUCACUGACUUCCCCACCCCCCUCACCGGGGAUCUACAAGUCGGCGGUCCACCCCCUGACCCCCGUCGACCCCAAGGCCAAGGCGGAGAGAGAGAAGAAAGCGGCCAAAGCACGCCAAGCCAGGGAGGAGGCUCGUAAACGGCUCAUGGCGGCCAAGAAGGCAGCAGCAAGGAAGAGGGUCAUGUCUGAAGAUGGGGAACCGCCUGUCGCAGUGGAAAUAUUCACUCCAGACAAGUCUUAGGUUAGGUACGUGGUAAACUUAGUUAUAACUCACAAAGGUCAAAGUAAUGGCAACAAAGGAUGUAGCUGUUACAAUCGAUAUGCUUGCUCAUAGCAAAGACAACCCAUCGGCAUUCAUGGGGUCAGUGUAUUUGAAUAUAUCUGUGCUAAGAUACCCUUUACCAGCUGGGGCAUUAAUAUUAAUCUUGCUGAAACAAAUUUCAUAGAGCUCCUCAACACACCAGUCUACUGGUUCCAGAAUAGUUGUACCCAGUAAAACAAGUAGCCAACUGAAAUGAGAUGUGUAGAAUGGAUUUUGCACCAAGUCAUCAAGAGAAAAGAGAAAAAUGAAAAAAAGAGAAAGCAUUACUGUUAGGAAUAGGCACUGAUUUGCCAUUUUCACCAUGCACUCACACCCGAGUGGCUCAGUGGCAGGUCUUAACCAUAAGUGCAAAUUUCAGAAGUUAACAGGCUGCAUGGCAAGAAUAUGUAUGCUUUAAAAAGCUAGAUAAGAAUGAUUAUGCAUGCAGCCACUGGUGCAUGUAUUACGCUGCUAGCAUCUCAGCUGACUGGUCUGUGUUCUUCAUUUUUGGCAAUGUCUUUCUCUUGCCUUUGGUGAAUUCAGACAACAAGGGUUGGCCAAUGAAGACCCAAACUGGCCCUGUAAUUACGUAAGGUAUAACUUGAAAAGGCCUAAUAGAGUACAACUCAGGAGUUAUUGCAUCACUUGGAUAAUUGAGAUUUGGCAGAACAAAUGUAUAUAUUGACGAUAUUUUACAAAGAUAUUGUAGAAAACAGACUGUAGUUAACAGACUGUAGCUGUGUAGUCUCUAAGUACAUGUAGUAAUGCAUGUUUUCCUCAGUUUAUUAUUUUUUGUAGGGUUAGAUCCAGGAAUUUUUGACUGAGAAAUGCUUUACAUGUAUAUUGCUGGUAUUUAAAUUUCAGAAACUUAACAACAUAUUGGCACAGUUAUCAGUUUUGCUUUGGUUUUGGUUUUUGUUUUUCCUUUCUACCAUGAAGGCAGUAAAGACUUGCCAUAUUUCCAUUUUAUCAUGAAUAGUUUGUAUGCAAAUUCACUGUGCACACUGUGCAGGGCCAUGUAUAGAAUAGAUGAUGCACCUGUUGGCUUUGUUUCCACUGGGAAAAAAUCAUAAUGAAAUACAGUCAUAUAUAACAUGCUCCUGAUUUAUAUUACAUGCAUUUUGGGUUGUUUUGGUUCCCAUUUGCCUUAUUUUUAAAGGCCAUUAGAUGUUUUGGCAUGUCUUAUGCUACAUGUACAUGUUGAAUACUAUACUGGUACUGAUAAGAAAUAGGCCACUAGACACGUCAUGUGUUUGUCAAAUUUGAACAAAUUUGGUUGGCGUCAUCAGACAGUGCGCACAGAUGAAGCUGCACCUUCAUAUGGUUUUAUAAAGUACAUUUGGUGUGUGAAGAGAAUUAUUUAAAAGGGGAAACACUGUAUAAAAUCAUUCUGUGAAUAGUUCCAUUUCCAAACCAGAUUUUGGAAGAGAUGAAGAUCUCUGUUCGAAGUCAAUUCUAUUUAUUACUUAAGUUGAUGAUAUUUUUUUGUAUUGGAUUAGGUUUGCUAUUUAUUUGUUUGAAGUGCCUUAAUUUGGGUUACUGUGAAUGGGGAUUCUGAAAUACAUGCAAUUCAAAGUAAUCAGGGGAUCAGGCUUUCCUCCAUGAAAAAGGACCCAUGGAUUUGUUUCCCCAAGAUUUCUCUCAAGCUCCCUCACUGUGUGUACAUAUUGUUUUCCAGUUUUCUUCGAUCUCUUUUGUACAGCAUUGACUAGCUCUGAAUUCCAGUUGCCAUUAAAUUUGACUUUAUAGGAUCUUGGCAGAUAGGACAGCCCUCUGAGUUCAAAAGUCAAAAUCCAUCAAAUGUCAAUUCCCUUGUAAGUGCAAGGGCUGAAUGCAAAUAAAUCUGUCUCUUUUUUUACUUAUUCCAUUUCACAUUAUCACUGAAGAAAUGCUCAACAUUUAAAACGUUAGCUAUUUGGGGAUGGUUGGGGGAGACAUUUAUAUAAUUUUGGAAGUGUGGAUCCUUUGAAAGGAACCUGUUUUGCAAAAUACUGAUCCACAGCUGUUUUUUUUUCUGGCAUGGGCAUGUAAACCUGUGGGACAUAAUUUCUGUGAAUUUAUUUGUGAUUUUCAACCCUAGUUCCAUGAUUUUAGGGCAACAGGUCUGUAAUUUUGGAGGCAGUGGGAGAUUGAAUAGGUGUAGUUUUUGAAAGCUUAGUUAACUUUGCCACUGGCAUUUAAAACUAAUAGUUUGUGAAAAGGUUUGUGUUGCUGCUGGGUGUAAUAUGCAAGGCGAAGGUGGCCUGUUUGAUUUCUCAUCGGGUACUGAGUCUAAGCUGCACACAGGCUAUGCAUAGACACCCACAUCACAAAGGGACAAGUUUACUCUGGAAACUAAUAAAAAGUUUCCAGGGAAUACUUUCACGGUAGAAAAUUGGUUUCAAUGGAAGAAAUUCCUCACAGUCAGAAACGGAGGGUAGAAAAUGAUUGUCGAAGCUGGAAAGAUUCUGUUAAGUUUGAAGAAUCGGUGGGAAUGAAAAGUCUACUUAAUAUUGGAAGGCAUGGAUGCUGUUAUUUCAUUACACUGUAACUGUCAAUUUUAUACAGCAAUUUAUUACAUCUUGCUAAUACCUCAAGGCAUCACAACUGCUUUUUUUCAAGCAGUCAGGCAUACUCGCGCAUCAGGAUGCACGGAACAAAUUUUGUGCAAACUGAAAGGCACAGCUCACCUAAUAUAUCCAUUGGCUCUGCAACUGGAGGAAUCAAAUGAAUUUGCUCUUGUCUUCUGUGUAAGUAUAAAUAAGGAAACUUUUUCCUUGAGUUAAAUCGCGAGUGGCUUGUCUAAGUACCACACCGGUAUGUACUGCCGCAGUGUCACAAAGCAGCUGGUGACGGAUGCAGUGUGGAAUAUUGUGUUUUUUAAAAUUCUGGUGACACCUUUGGUGCCAUGUGUCCCCUUGGGUGUCCGAAAAGCUCCAUGUCCCUUCUGUAAGAUUCACAGAUUGUUUAUUAUCCCAUGUUCUCUUACAUCACUCGUAAACAAAAAUCAGCAAAACUAUAAGAAGGCCUCUCUGCUUUGAGUAAUGUGUAAUAUGGCCACUUUGGGUGACUCAACAAGGGUAUACAUGUAUUUAUGUUAAGUUACAAGUGCAAUGUGAAGCUGAUCUCUGUAUUAUUGCCACAUGUACAUGAAUGUGAGCUGGUGCAUGGGUUAAAUGUUCCAGUAUAUAUGUACAAGGACGUUAGAAGUUCAGGUCAAGACAGUGCAACACACGGCCUGCUGUUGGCCAUCACAGGGAGAACUUGCAGCUUUGUACCUCCCAAAAAUAACCCCAGAAGCUGGUCCCAAAACUACCAGCCGUUUUUGAUGGCAUGUUGCACUUUGUGAGGACUGCGGCACACACAGUUCUUUGAUCCAGCUGAUUAGUUGUGCAUUUAUUAGUGUGUGACAGUCGAGUGCACAGUUGCAAUGGAUUAACAAUGCAUUUUUGGGGCUGAAAAUUGUAAUUUGCCCAAGACUUGUGUGUAAUGUACUGACAGUGCCAUGUGUGAGAUGUGUAAUGAAAACAAUAUAACAUGCCUUUUUGGAAGGUUGUGCAGGGUUUAUGGCACAGUAAGCUUGUGAUUGGCUGAUUUUGGAUUGCCCUUUGUUUCACGAGGACUGCGGAGCAUUAUCACAUGUUGAAACCGUUAAAUUUGAUUUUGUUUUUAAAGUGGAAAGACAAAGAUUAUGUGAAUUUGAUCUUCUGGCCAGAAAUGGUGGUGGAAUCAACUUUCUAAAAGUUCAGUUCCAACAGAGCUUUGCAUUUGGGGGGUUUUUUAAACUCUUUUAGAGUCUAGAGGUGAUUCUGCUUUGCCCCUCUCAGUUGUAGGAAGACAGAUGUUUAUUGACAUUUGGUUGGUAUGUCUGAACUUCAUUCACUUUUUUUGGAGGAGGGGCUGGUUCCACCGUCCCCCCCCACCACUCUUUUAGGAUUAAAAUCCCAAUGCACAGAGGCAAUUGGAAAUAAAAUAUUGGUUACCCUUCAUUCCCCGUAUACAUUGAUAUAAAGUCAAGAUACAUGGAAAUGGUGUGAGGCUACCCUUAAGCAUUGCUCCAUGGUAUUAACACCGACGUAUAUAAAAAUAAAAACUUGGACUUGCACUGCCUUGGUAUGAAAUAGAAGCCAACCAGCAGCCGUUUUACCCAGCCGAAUACAAAUGCACAGGUUGGUUCGCUUCUAUUGACGCCAAGGAGAACAAAGGCAGGCAUUGCCAGCCAAGAUUUGUAUUCGGCUCAGUAAAAUGGCUGCUAGUGGAUUCAAUGAUCCCUAUAAGCUGAUUAAGGGCAUUGCGAGUCCAGAAUUUUUUAUAUCCAUCAGUGGGUAUUAAUGACUGCCAUCUUCAGUCUGGUUCCCUGGGGGUGAAAUGGUGAUUGCUGCAUGAACACUCUGUAUUCAGACUACAUGCCCUAAAUUUCCUAAAUUGAUCACUAUUUUUCAGAUAGGAAACGCAUCAGUGUCAGUGGCCAAUAGUCAAAAAUGCCCAGUGUGGCUACGUCUGUAAUCUAGCUUUGUAACAUGCAUUUGCAUAGCAUUAAAGUGAAAUAGUUGUCGUAUGGUGUAGGCAUUUUGAUGACAAAAAAUGACGGUAACAGUAAUACAGGAACCUCAGACAAAGCAGAAUAUAAUGUCAAAUGUUUGCAUUGUUCAUUGAAAGAAUACUAUUUGUCACCAACCAGUGUGUGUUUGUAGCAUAGUUGUACAGUGUACAUGCCAUUCAACUGUGAGUCUGUAAAUGUGUAUUUACUCAGCAGUUCGUUGGAGACUUGCUUGUAUAUUGGUUAUUUUUCUAUUUUGGGGUAUUCUUGGAUGAAAUCAAGCAACUUCCUGGAGGGGGAACGGGGUCGUUCCAAUUUUCAUUGUCACACUUAUCUGGUGGUAAGCAUUCACUCAUCUCAGUUUGUAGUGAGCACUCAUGUGUAUAGCUCUAUACAUGUAUUAAGAUGCAUUGCUGCUGAGCACACCAGAGACAUUGAUGUAUUUUUUCCUGUUUUCUAUUGCGUAUAUGCCAAUAUAAUUUGCUGAGCAAGUUUCUCUUUUUCAAAUUUGGUAUAAUCGAAAUACAUAGGGUACAUGGUAUUACCCAUGAGUCUCUGGUUCUCAGCAAGCAACAUAUAAAUCUGCCACACGUGCAGGGAUGAAAUAUUUGUCGUAGGUGAGUUUCAACAGGCAUGGGCAAAGUAGGGAAAGGUUUAUAAGUCAAACUGCUGUUAUAAGCAGUUUGUCAAAUGUGAAUUUCUGAUCAAGCACUUCUAAUUCCAGACCUGUUCCAUGUCCUUGAAUGUGAAUACUAUACCAGAUCAGCAUAUGUCACCCAGCAUUAUUUGAAAAGUAUUGUAAUCCCAUGCUGUACCUAUUUUCAGCAGACAACAAAGGUACUUGAUAAUAGUGUUGAGAUUUUAAUAUUUUGGGAACCACUCAGAAGACACUCUGUUCUGUACAGUUGGGAAUUUACGGAGAUGACUAUUUUUUUAUUUCUUGAGCAGGUUUCUUGCUAGUAUUUUGGUACAGUACAAAAAAUUCGCUCCUUGUCAUCAGCACAUGUACACUUUGAACUAGAAAGUAGUAUACAUAUGUAGCUUAGUAAUCAGACAUCAGUCGUAUUAGAUGAGACUAUAGAAUGUGUAAGUACUUGCCACACACACAUUUGUUUCCCACUAUCUUCUGGAAGUGCCACCUUACUGGUGCUUUCUGAGGAUAAAAUUCUGUGAACAGGCACAUUCUCUUCCAAUCGGAGAGUUUCCUGCCUGAAUUCCUUUGUGCAUGUCAGUGAAACUCUGGAUCAGUCUGACAGUGUCAGACAAAAGACAACUUUGUUCAUGGAGAUGCUAUCUUGGAAUGUUCAAAAUCAUAAGUCCUGUGGGGCAUGCAUGCUGACGUGAUGUACAAGCAGGUACGUAUACAUAUACAUUAAAGGGCCGAAUUGUUGAAGGCCAUCUGUGAAGUUUUCCAUUGAGCACAGGUUUGAGAAACCAGUCCAAGAUGGCUGCUCUCAGUGUGAAGAAAAUUGGUUUGGGGGUUUCGUUGCACAUGCGAUAAAUGCAAUGUUUCAUCUUGUUCUUUUUUUUUUAAUAAAUGAAUAAUGUACAUAUUAAUAUUGCACACAGAUCAUCUCCAAAGUACAUGUACAGUGGUAAAAUACUUGUAUGCUGCAGCCCGGCAAUCAGAUGUAUUUUGGAGCAACUUUUGCCACUGGUGUAUUUGUGUACAAGUAGACUGCAUUUUUCUUUUCGUAUCAAACUUUUACGCAAAUGAAUUAGAAGUAAAUAUUGUAAGUGACACGGACUAGGCUGUAGGCACUAAAUAUAAGAACUAAAUUCAUUACAUGUGUUUCUGCAAGCAGAUAUAAUCAGUUUUCGAGCAGGGGUCAACCAAUGCCCGUUUGCUUUGGUUGAAAUAAAAAGAUUUGAAUGCACUUGCACGAUACAUUUGUUUUUUUUAGGAAGGGGGUGUGGGUUAAUAAGGUGAACAGAGCUAGUGUGACAGUUACCAGUUAGAAAUUUUUACACUUGAGCCUACAAACUAUUUGAAAAUAUUCUGCUAAGUCUUUCAUUCUGUAUCUUUGGAAGGUCUUGCCUUUAAAACAAUCUUUCAACCUUAAUGUGUACAAAGAUUGAAAUGAUAGUUCAAAGAAAGAAUUUUCAGGUGGCUAAAAGGGUCCACAUGAUUUUAUAAAUAGAAUAAAUGAUUACUUUUUCUGAUAACAGCUUGUCAGCAGAGUAAUUAAUGGGAAAUAAACAUUGGAUAUGCAUUUCUCCAAAAAAAAAAAGUAUGGACCAUCUUAAUGUCCACCAUUAUGUAUUUGUAAGGAAUAUUUAUAUGAGCAUUCCUUCAAAAAUUGUUUUCUAUGAAUUUUGACUAACAGCCAUUUCCAGAAGUCCUCUGUCAAAAAAUUGCCAAGGAUGAAGAGUCAUGUUGGUCUCAGUAUUUAGAAAAAACUGUUAAAACCAUUUUUGUUCUUUGUGCCCACAAAUCGCUAUUUCCAAUUUAGGUGUGCUAGGCAACAGUUUUUGUUAAAAUUUAAAGGCCAGCACAGCAGUGGCAGCAAGUUUUGGUCUUUUACUUUGCAUGUUUUUUUUUCAUGUAGAUUGUAUUUAAGGAAAAAAUGUUAACAGUCGCAUGGUAAUAUGUAAUAAAUAUCACGGAUAUUCUGCCAAGA